AUGGCUGACUACAGAAGAACAAUUCUGCAGACUCUGGUGAUUGCAGUCUACACACUCACAGCAAGCCUAUCCCAGAAUGUACCUCCUAUUCAACCUGUAUCCUACAAUCUUCCAGUUCCACCUGUAUUGAUGGGACCUAUGGCAGCAAACAAUGUUCUGACUGACGGUGAACGGGUGCACCCAAAUCAGACCAAGGGAGUAACCUCGAUGGUCAGCACACCGGAUAACUUGUUUGCAAGCACAGUUGACAGCAAGAUUUAUGAUAUGGCCAGAUGCCCGCCUCGUCUCAUUGCCAAUCUGGCUGCUCCAGGCUGCGUUGGCAAGUACCAGUGUGGUCAGCUGACCAGUUUACGACUGUAUCCGGCCAACGGUCACCUUUUGGCACUGGACACUUUUAGAGGAUUGUUCAUGGUCCACCCAGUAACUGGAAGCUAUCGACUAUUAUUUUCUACCAACACGCCCGUCAAUGGGAGGCGACCCGUACACUUGAACGACAUGGUUGUGACUUCAUCUGGUGUGGUCAUCCUGAGUGAUUCUAGUGAUGUCUACAGUAUUGACUAUGAUACAUACAUCUGUAUGGACGGGCGAAAUACUGGCAGGUUGAUGAUCUUUGAUCCCCGAACACUACGCAUGAGUGAACUUCAAAAAGGACAAUUCAACUUCCCGAAUGGACUUGAACUCACACCAGAGGGAGACCUGCUUGUUGCGGAAACAUGUCGGGCUGCAAUCCACAGGGUCAGCUUGCAGCGAAACUCCUGGCUUCGCGUGGAGCCAUUCUCACUCAACCUUCCCGGUUUGCCAGACAACAUCCGGUCGUCAGGCCGAGGUACCUACUGGGUGGCCAUGUCGUAUGCCCGACACUCCGGUAUCAGCAACCCACUUGACCAGAACUCCAGAAUUCCAAAUCAUCGUGCCAUGGGUUUUAGAUAUGUGUCACUGAAGGAGUUGAGAAACCUCUUUACCAAAUGGGGCAUUGUGGUGGAGCUCGACAAGGCGGGAGCAAUCGUUGGCAGUCUGCACGAUCCAACAGGAAACACCCUCAGUAUGAUCACGGAGGUGAAUGAAUUCGGUGGCGUCCUCAACAUCGGCAGCCAUAUUGCCAACUACAUGAUCAGGUUUGUGUUACCGGCAGAAACUGGAAUCAAAACAUCGGUGGACAGUUUCUUGCAGAUAAAGAGAAGCCGCUGUGAGUUACCAGACUCCAAAGUUGCAGAAGUCAGAAGGCAACUAUUACAAAAGGAACAAGCAAAUACUACAUUACACUAG